UUAGGUUUCACCAAAUCCGUCUCUCUCUUUCAUUCUCAUUUCACAGCUCUUCUUCCAUUUGUGAUCCAUCUGAAUUCUAUUUGCUUCAUGUUAUAUAGUCAGUCAGUCAGUCAGAACAGAUAAUCAUUUCACACAAAAUAUCUUCUCCAUCUGUUGCUUUCUUUCCUUUCCCUCCUCUUUCUUCACCACCUCAAAAAUUCAUGGCUGAAACCUUUGCCUUUAACAUUGUAGAAAAACUAAUUGGGAAACUAGCCACUGUUGCUUAUCAAGAAAUUUCCCUAGCUUGGGGUGUCCAAACUGACUUUCAAAGGCUUAAUGACAUAUUGACCAUUGUCAAAGAUGUGCUCUUAGAUGCUGAAGAAAACCAAGCAAAGAACAAUCAGCUACGGAAUUGGUUGCUAAAGUUGAAAGAUGCUUGUUACGAUGCAGAGGAUGUACUAGAUGAGUUUCAGAUCGAAGCAUGGCGGAGGCAAGUUUUGAAACAGAGGAACAUCGGAAAGAAGGUACGCAGUUUCUUUUCGAGCUCAAACCCAGUUGCUUUUCGAUUUAGGAUGGCCCAUAAGAUUAAAAAAGUUACUGAGAGGUUUGGUCAGAUUGCUGCUUUGAAAGCUAAUUUUCAUCUUGCUGAAAGACAUUAUGACACUAGGCAUCUUGUUAUGGGCUUGGACAGGGAGACCCACUCCUUUGUCCAAGCAGCAGAUAUCAUUGGUAGAGAUGAAGAUAAAGAAAAAAUCAUAAAAACUUUGAUGCAAGAUCCAACUGAUGGGGAAGGCAUAUCUGUCCUUCCUAUAGUUGGAAUUGGAGGCCUCGGAAAGACUGCCCUUGCAAAAUUGGUGUACAAUGAUGAACGUGUAGAUAGGCAUUUUGAGUUGAAAAUGUGGGUAUGUGUUUCAGAUGAUUUUGAUUUAAAGCGAUUAAUGAUAAAAAUCAUUAAAGCUGCAGAGGGGUUGGAUGGAAAUUGGAGUAAUAUGGAUUUAGACCAAUUACAAAAGGUCUUUCGAGAUUGUUUAGAUGAGAAAAAAUAUUUACUUAUUCUGGAUGAUUUAUGGAACGAAAAUCCUAUCAAAUGGGAUGAAUUGAAACAGUUGUUGGUGCAAGGAGCUAAGGGAAGCAAAAUUGUUGUCACCACUCGCAGUAACCACGUUGCAGAGAUCAUGGGCACAAUCUCAACACACAAUUUGCAAGGUCUUUCUGAAAAGGAAUCUUUGUGUUUGAUUCUCCAAUUUGCGUCCAAGAAAGGGGAAAUCAAUCAGUACCAAAACCUAGUAAAAAUUGGGGAAGAAAUAGUUAAAAAAUGCAAUGGAGUGCCUUUGGUUUUGAAGACACUUGGGAGCUUACUUCUCUCCAAAAUUUCAGAAGACGAUUGGAAAUUUGUGAGAGAUAGUGACAUGUGGAAACUAGUGCAAGAGGAGAACAGCAUUUUUCCUGUUUUGAAAUUGAGUUAUGAUCAAUUGCCUCCAUAUUUAAAGCCGUGUUUUGCUUAUCUUUCGGUAGUUCCAAAGGAUUAUGAACUUAAUGAUAUGGAGGUGAUUCAUUUUUGGAUGGCUCAUGAUUUGCUUCAUUCCUCCAAUGAAAAUGAAGAUCCAGAAGGUAUUGGUAGGCGUUAUUUGAAUAAUCUAUCAUCAAAAUCUUUUUUCCAAGAUUUUGAUCAAAAUAUUGUUUUUCAGUAUUUUAAAAUGCAUGAUCUUCUACAUGAUCUUGCAUUAUUAGUGGCAAAGAAUGAGUGCUCUAUGGUAAAUUGUUUCAAGCAAAUUAUUGCUCCAGGAAUUCGACAUUUGUGCCUUGAAAACCUUGAUUUUCUUGAGGAGCAGUCUUCUGGCUUCCUUGAUGUUGAUAAGUUAUGUCAUCUACGCACAUUUCGUCUUGAAAAUAUGAACGACAGUUCUAACAGUGAAUCAUUUAUCAAGAAAUGUCUUUCAAGAUUCCAGAAUUUACGAGUACUAGAUCUAAAAGGAUCUAGUUUUGAGGUACUACCCAAAAAGGUUGGCAGUUUGAAGCAUUUAAGGUAUCUCAACUUACAUGGCAACUCCAAAAUCAAGAAACUUCCAAAUUUUAUAUGCAAGUUACCAUGUUUGCAAACUCUGGUUCUCGAGUGUGAAGGAAUUGAAGAGUUGCCCAAAAAUAUGAGGUAUAUGAUCAAUCUCAGAAUGCUAGUAAUAAGUACAAGACAGAGGUCUCUAUCCAAAAAUGGACUCGAAAACUUGAAAUCUCUUCGGUAUUUGAAGAUUGUUGGUUGUGAAAAUUUAGAAUAUUUGUUUGAUGGGAUUCAAAACCUCAAAUCUCUUCAUUCAUUGAUAAUCGAUAGUUGCAAGAACUUGAUCUCACUGCCGCAGGGUUUUGAAGCCUUAAUAGCGUUAAAAGUUCUGGCAAUUUGGGAAUGUGAAAAGCUACAUGUUAAUAUGACGUUGGGAUCCGAAGGGAGAGGAAAAGAAGAUGAUAGUCAAGAUUACCAUAUUGGCAGUCGGUUACGCCUUCAAGAAUUAGCUAUUGGAGGGGUACCGAAGUUGGAGGUACUACCCGAAUGGCUUCUUGUGGAAUCUGCCAACACUUUGCGGUUCCUGAUACUUGAGGACUGUGAAAAUCUCAGAACAUUUCCAGAGAGACAGAAUCUCACAUCACUUGAAGGGUUGGUGAUUACGAAUUGCCCAAAUUUGUCAUCACUGCCAGAGCGGAUGCAAUGCCUCAAGGAAUUGGAGAUUGAAAGAUGUCCGAUUUUGAGCGAAAGAUACAAACCAGAAAAUGGAGAGGAUUGGGCCAAGAUUUCUCAUGCAUCUCGUAUACGUAUUGAUGGCAAUGAAAUCACAUCAAACAAAUGAACAGCCUGAUGAUCAGCUAGGGCAUGUCCCCAGCUGAUGAUGUUGGAUUGGGCUUCUCUUAGUGGCUAGACCGAACUACUCUUUCUUGAAUUCCCUGAAAAUGAGUCCAUGGUCGUUCCUUGCUUGCCACUUGUUUGGGAUGUACUUUCCUUGUUUUGUUCUUUGUUGGUUUUGAGUUCAAUAUUUGGACUGCUCUUCUUUUCUUUUGGAUUGGGCUUAAUGCCACUUUAUUGUUCACUUUUUUAUUGUUAAAACCUUAUUUUAUGUUUUUACUUAUUACUAAUUACAAGCUUGACUUUACUCAAUUA